AUGCUGCGUCGCAUUGAUAAGAUCGACAUCAAAACAUUGUUCCUAGAUGGAGACAGGCAGACACCGUUACACAUCGCCGCUCAAGCUGGUCAUGUGGACGUUGUGGCCAGUUUGCUCACAGCUGGGGCAAAGUCUUCGGUCGUUACUAAGGAAGGUUUAACACCACUCAUCGUAGCGACAUUCCGGGGUCAUCGUGAGGUGGUCAAACUAUUGCUUGAAAGUGGCGUGCCUAUUGACGAGGAGUGUGGCGACUUCGCCACCGCCCUUGGAGCGGCUGCUUAUACAGGCGAGAAUGAGAUUAUCCAGUUACUCCUUGCUCAUGGUGCCGACAUAAACAAACAAGUACCAAGAUAUGGUUCUAUACUAGAAAUCGCAGUUUGGGAAGAUUUGGAUGCAACCGUUGAUUUGCUGCUUAGGAAAGGGGCAGACGUGCACAUAGAAGAGGGAAAUUUCAUGAAUCUACUUGGAGUUGCCGCAUUCAGAGGAAAUAAGCAGAUGAUCGUUGAGUUAUUGCUAGACAUGGGUGCAGAUAUUUCUGUUGCCAGCGACAAUGGACGCUUUGCCUUGCAUCUAGCCGCACACGAAGGCCACGUUCAAGUAGUCCAACUGCUGCUUGAACGAAACGCCGACCCAAACGCAAAGACUCACACCGGAAAAACCCCGCUCAUGGAAGCAUCAUGUUCUGGUCAUGUCGCGACUGUGGAGUUGCUUCUGGACAAAGGAGCC